CAUCAGCAACACAUGGAUAAUAUUGUUGUCAUAUCGCUGAACAUCGAUAAAUAACAAUAAUUUAUAAAACAUAAUAAUUAAUAUUAAAACAAAAAAAACUGUUAACGGUUUGAAAGUUUAUAAACACGUAUAGAACGUCUGCUUAUUUCGUAUUAAAAUGAAUCUUUUUGUUGUACCGGUCGUGUAUGCGACUGCGGUGUUUUUAACAGUGAUGGUGUGCGGUGAACAAACUAGAGAAGUGUACAUGGAGAAACACGGUAAAGUUCAAGACCUAGAAACCUCAGCUUCCGGAUACAUAUACAGGACAGAUGGGCAGAACCCUCCGAUAUUCAUUAAACUCGGAGAAGGCAACAAUGAAAACUUCAAUGCCAUAUUGGAAGAUUUCAAAAAGGAAAAUGGCUUUCACGGGAUGCCUGUGGUCAGUGGUAAGCGCACGUCGCCAUACCACAUACCGGUCGUCGGCGAGGAGAGGGAUGUGCACUACAACAGCGGUCGCAGCAUCGACGGCGGUGGUUACAACCAACCGAGUUCUCGUUUCGGAGACCCGACGGCGGACGACUUUUACGGAGGAAAGUACGGGCUGGACUACGCGGACGACUCGGCGGCGCCAAUUUCGGACGUCGGCGGCUAUAAUUUCGAUCACGACGAUCUCGGCGACGCAUUCGACUUCGGCCCGUCCCCUUUCAAGUACCAUCGUGACGUGUCCACCGACGGCCUAAAAGGCGACGCGCACGGACUCGACGAUCAGAAUUAUUUCGGUUCGCCUUACACCCACAACGAGUACAAGUCGCCGAGCAAACACUCAAAGGCUGGCGGUUCGUACCAAAAGGCCGGCCAUUACUUCUCGCAGGGCACGCUGGGCGACAGCGGCUACAAGAACCAGCAUGACUUUGACAAGGGCCACGCCGGCAAGUACGGCAAGGACGACCUGAAGAGCCACUACAAGAAGGCGUCCGGCCACAGCAACGGUCACAAGAACGAAGCAGAUCACUACGGCAAGCACAAGAGCGGCACUCACGGCGUCAAGGGCCACAAGUUCGGCGAAACCGAGCACCACAAGAAGGGGCACAAGACGACCGGGUUCCACAACGUGUACCACAAGGACGAGUACAACAAGGAACAGAAGUUCUACGACGACGCGCACAAGCACGGUAAGUUCGACAAGUACGGUGGCAAGCACAAGGACUUCUCGCAGAAGAACGGCGGCCACAAGCACGGCUCGCACCACGAGUCAGGCUACGACGAGGCGCACAAGGGCGCGGCUGGCCAGUUCGAGAAGGGCAGCUACCACGACGGCCACAAGGGUCACAGUGGCGAGUCCGGCCACAAGUCGCACCACGACCACAAGGCUGAGUACGACACCCUGUCCGACAACAAGAAGUACGGUGAACACGAGGCUGCGGGUGGCGACGACUUCUAUUGAGCGAUGACGAUACUUCCAAGUCUAUAAUAUUAUAUUCGCGCGUGUAUCGUAAUGCGCACGUAUACUUGACGGAAGCGACCGCUUCGACAGACUUCAGUGACUUGCCUAGGAGGGGGAGGGGGAGGUAUAUCUUAUAUUCCCUCCCUCCAUCGUCCCACAAAUCCUCUUAGAUUUUUUUUGUCUUUGAUAUUACCACCACGAUUCAUUUAAAUGUAUUAUUACUUAUAACUCCCCCCUCCCGUUCAUUGAAAAUUCCAGGGCACUUCACUGACAGACUUACUAUUAUAUAUUAUUAUUUACCUCUAAGUAUGUUAUUUAUAUAUCUAUAUAAUAUAAUCAUGUUCAGUAUGAUCAUGUUUCAGGUUAACACUACAUUUCUAGGACGGAUUACGUUGAAUUGAAUCGGUACUUUUUUCAAAACCUAUAAUGGAGACGUACCUAAACGCACAUUAAUAUUGUAGCUUGAACGUUUCAAGUUUAUUGAUUCUCUCCCACUCGUAUUUUUAUAAUUACCAAUAUCUAUAUAUUUUUGAAAUCAUAUUUAGGUAGGUCUUAGUUAUAGGUUAGAUAAUAAUAAUAAUAAAUACUUUUUUCAUAUUUGUUAAGAUGAUUAAAUUCGUUCAUGAUAAAUAGUUUUUUUUUUAUUUACUAAAAUGUACUAAAUAUUAUAGUGUUUUACUUAAUUAGUAUUAAAUAUUUUAUUAAAAUAUUAAUAUUACAAAUAUUGAUUAUAAUAUUUGAACUAGACAUGUUACGAAUUGUUCUAUAGUCAUUAUUUUAAUCAUUCAAAAAAAUACAAAAAACGAAUUUAAGUUUAAAUUUUAAAUAGCUCUCAUAUUAAGUCAAGUUUUAUAUUAGAAUCAUAGUUAGAAAUUAAAUAUUACUUCAAAAAAUAGGCCUACCUAAAUAUAUGAUAUUAAAAAUAUAUAUUAUAUUAUAUAAUAUAUUAGAGAUAUUGGCAUAUUGCAUGUGCGUUUUGGAGGGUUGACAAUUUAACGUAAAAUCGGCCGAAAAUUAAGUGUUGUGUACCUGAAAAAACGAUCAUUCUGUUUAUUAUGUUAUAAUAUAUUAUGUUUAUAUACCUUUAUACGAGUUAAGUCUUUAAUUAAUUUCUAAAUAUACGCAUGUACAUAUUAUUA